CGCUUCAAGGCGCAGGCGCGGGGAGGGGUUGGGGGAGGAGGGAAAGCGGCGAGUAAGAUGGAAGAUGAGGAGGUCGCUGAGAGCUGGGAGGAGGCGGCAGACAGCGGGGAAAUAGACAGACGGUUGGAAAAAAAACUGAAGAUCACACAAAAGGAGAGCAGGAAAUCCAAAUCUCCUCCCAAAGUGCCCAUUGUGAUUCAAGACGAUAGCCUCCCCACGGGCCCCCCUCCACAGAUCCGCAUCCUCAAGAGGCCCACCAGCAACGGUGUGGUCAGCAGCCCCAACUCCACCAGCAGGCCAGCCCUUCCUGUCAAGUCCCUAGCACAGCGGGAGGCAGAGUACGCAGAGGCCCGGAGGCGGAUCCUGGGCAGUGCCAGCCCUGAGGAGGAGCAGGAGAAGCCCAUCCUCGACAGGCCAACCAGGAUCUCCCAGCCCGAAGACAGCAGGCAGCCCAGUAAUGUGAUCAGACAGCCUUUGGGUCCUGACGGGUCACAAGGCUUCAAACAGCGCAGAUAAAUGUGGACAAGAAAGGAUGCCACCGCCACCGCCACCAUCGCCUCCUGGAUUGUCUGCCAUGGGUUGCACUGCCGUGGCAGAUGUCUGGACUUGAGCAGAGGGAACGACCUGACUUACUUGCACUGUGAUCCCCCUUGCUCCGCCCACUGUGACCUUGAACCCCAUGCACUGUGACCUCUGCCUUUCCCCCUUCCCUCUGUGAUUGGUGUGUUGACAAGGGCUGUCCCAAGUCAAUAGAAAGGGAAAGGGUGGGGACUAGGGGAGGAUUGGGGGAACCUACCAAGGACUCAGAGUAGAGGGUCAGACAGUGCCAUUUGGCCACUUGGGGUAAAGCCAGUGCCAGCAAUAACAGUUUAUCAUGCUCAUUAAUUUGGGAUUUCAAACACAAAUGAGAACUCCCCCCACCCACCCCAAGUGCAUGUCGCCAUCACUUAAAAGUAAGUUCCAUUGAAAAUAUCCUUUCCUUUUUUUUUUUUCUUCCUAUUUUUGUUUAUACAAAUACCUGAUUUGCAAGAAAAAGUGCAUGGAAGAGGUUUUAGCAGUUUAAUGAAUUUUUAAUUGAGAAAGGGUAGUUUGGUAGUCACUUAAAGAUGUUUCUAGGGAAUUUGCUAGAAACGUUAACCAAUAGGAUUUUUGAAAGCUUAGCUUCUGUAUUCCUACUGCCGCCCAGAAAGGGGGCUGGGCUUGGGAGCCCCCCCAUAGAUGAGCAUCUGUGCCUAUAUUGCCUUCCUCCAGAUAAGUCCCAGUUAAGUUGCCUAGAGAUAGCUCUGAGAGCCUGGGGGAGGGUGCCAACCCCACCUUAGUCUUGUGGGAGAUGGGGAAAGUGGCAGGCUUCCCUUCCCAUACCCCUCAGGGUGGCUCUCUACCAGUCAGCUUUGCUGCUUCUAGGGGAGGGCAAGGAGGACUCUGGGCUCAGAAAGGCAGCGGUGACACUUGUCCAGUGUUUGCUGUCUGCACGAGCCCAGGAGAGAGUCUGGCUUUAGAACUCCAGGCCUGUGCCUGGUGUGGUCAGAAGGUCGAUAGGCCUGUCCCUUCCAGCAAGACUGGAGUACUUAAGGAUCUGUGGCAUGCCACGUGUGUUGAUGGUCCUGGCUCAGAAACUGAAAACUGGUACAUUUCCUGGGUGAAAUGAGUACCGUAGUAGAGCAGUUGGAGAAGAGUUGGGAAAAGAAAAACUUUGCAUUGCAAAGGCAGAUGGCUGAUAGGCUCCUCAAAGGCCUCGGAUGCCCAUUCCCUUCUCAGAGUGAGGCUGGCAUGAAGGCCAUUUUUGUCCCCAAGCCUGAGAUUUGCUUUGGGUCUUGAUGGGAGAGGCUUGAGAAG